GUAAAACGGCCUGAAGGCUGAAGCUCAAACCAGCACCUCCGUCAACUCCCUCCUGAACUCGUCAGUCCCUUGAUUUCCACUGGGCCGCCGUCGCCGGCAUCGCUGCAACCGCCGUCGCCAAUGGUAACCGUCUCUGCCGCCACCCUUGGCCCGGAGCCUGAGAACGUCACUCUCGUGGACAUGUCCAAGCUGUCUCAGUCGGAGCUCCAGGCCCUCUCCCUCCGGUCGUCGUCCUCCUCCCUCCACCGCCAGCUGGCCUUCUCCGAUCAACUCUUCCUCCCCAAGAUCGACCGCUCCGUCUUCAAUGAGAGCGCCGGGUCCCGCCAACAGACCUACUCCCGCCCCGAUUCCGCCUUCUCCUCCUCCUCCUCCUCCUCCGUCGCAGCCGCCGGUCACCAUCACCGCAACCGGAUAGCAGGCCUCUUUCCUGUCCCUAAGCUCCCUGCCCUCCCCUUGGACGAUGAUCCGGAGCGCCGAGAAAACGUCGCUAUUAUUAGAACCUUAAAACACUAUAUCAGCCAAAACCCUAGCCCAAGCUUCACCCACAUUGAUCUGAUCCCUCCAUCACUCCCUGCACCUGUUGGCGUCAGCUCUGAUGGUCUGGCGAGUUUCGAGGGGGAGCGGAAAAGAAAGCGGGGUAGGAAGCCGAAAGUGAAAAUGAAUUUGAAUGUUGAGCAAAAGAUUGAAAUUGAGCCAAUGGGUGCCUUGGAGAUGAAAAACAAAAAUGGUGUUGUCAUUGAUGUUGAUUCAUUGGUUGGGUUGGAGGAUCCUUAUGGAGAGGAGUUGAGGAAGAGGACUGAGGGAUUACAGAGUGAGGAGGAGUUGCUAGCUUUUAUGAGGGAUUUGGGAGGGGAAUGGGGGAGUCGGAGGAAGAGGAGGAAGAUUGUGGAUGCUGGUAUUUUCGGGGAUUUCUUGCCAAUUGGGUGGAAGCUAUUGCUUGGCCUUCGUAGAAAGGAGGGUCGUGCUUCGGUUUUUUGUCGGCGAUACGUGAGCCCUAGUGGACAACAAUUCAUUUCGUGCAAGGAAAUCGCAUCGUAUUUCAGGUCCUACUUGGGGCUCCCAGCUGCAUCAGAGUCAUUGAUCCAGAGCGCAAAUGAUAACCAACAGGACUGCAGAGUGGAUAUUAUGCACCAGUGUGCAGGUCAGGUAGUCAAAGAUGACAGCCAUAGCCUCCAUAUUCUUAGCAGUCCAACUGCUCCGACUCAUUCUUUACAAAAUGCACUUGAUAAGAAAGCGAAUUCUAUUGGUGCUGAAAAUCUAGCAGAGGUUCAGGUAAAUGACCUCUUUGAAUGCUACAAGUGCAACACAACUUUCAGCGAGAAGGACUCGUAUCUGCAACAUCUUGUUUCGUUCCACCAAAGGACUAUGAGGAGGUAUCGGAUUGGUUCAUCUGUUGGGGAUGGCGUAAUAAUGAAAGAUGGGAAAUUCGAGUGUCAGUUUUGCCACAAGGUGUUCGAGGAAAGGCGUCGGUAUAGUGGUCAUGUUGGGAUCCAUGUGAGGAACUAUGUGAGAAGGAAGGAAGAAUUAUCUGGACAGGGAAGUACUCUGAACAAAAUGGAGUCAUCGAGUGGGAAUGAAUUGCCUUCUCGAAUAUCUAAAAUGGAUGCUCUGAUUGAAAUUGCACAGAGUUCAAUAAUGGAGAACUCAACUGCUGGAAACCACCAUAAACUCAGUGGUAUAUACCCCAAUUGUAGACCAAAUGAAUCUAUUGCAGGUUUUGCUUCAAAAGCCAAUGCUCACAGUGACAUGAAAGUUGAUUCUUCUAUUAGUGAUUUGAGAAUGGAAAAUACAGAUAGCGAGCAGACUCUCGAUGAAGAGUUGACCGACAAUGAGGAUGAAUGUGUAAUUACUGAUGUAAAGGGAAAGUUGAAGGAAGAUUCUGAUGAUUCUUCCGAUGUUAAUAUGGACAUGGAUUGUGAGAAGAGAGUUGCAGAGUCAGUGGAUGGGCAAAAUGAUAAUACCAAUGUAAAGUGUAGUGGAGAUGAUUGUCAAACGGAGGCAUUUUUUGAUCUUCCUAAAACUGGGGCUGCUGAUGGAAAAGAUUCUGAAAGUUCUCUUAUUCUGUUGAAUGGUAAUUUGGCUUCCAUACGUCCCCCGGAAUACCUAGAGAGUGAUGGUAAGAUGCUAGAGACUACAGAUGGGAACACGAGACAUGCAGAAUUGGACACUGGUGUGAUGCAGUCCCCUCAACAAAAUCCUGACAGUAACAUACAGCAAAGUGGUACCCCUGAUAGAGUCUCAAAGGGGGAGGAUAAGAUUUGCAGCAUUGACCAGAGGGAGGACAAUUUAGCACCGUUUGAGGAGCUCAGAUAUGAUGGGAUAGAACCUCUGGAGUUUCAAUUUGUGACAAUGGAAGAAGAGUCUCAUCCCAUGCCUGAAGAACCCAUAGAUAUGACGACAACUUCAGCCAUGGAAGGACAGUAUGAUUCCUCUAUUCCAUUUGGAUCUGAAGAAUUAACAUUAGACCAAAUGACCACGGGGCAUCAGCGUGCAUCGUCCUGUGUGUGGUGCGGAGUAGAGUUCAGUCAUGAAGCUACCGACUCUGAUGUGCAAUCAGAUUCGGUCGGUUUUAUGUGCCCAGCCUGCAAAGUAAAAAUUUCUGGCCAGCUAAAUGCAUUUGGAAAUGGUUCACCUGCAGAUUCCAACUGCCUUUAGUAAGGGUUAUGCCUUUAAUUGGGCUUUUUGCGUGAGCUUCCAUUAACAUAGGGUAUGUUCCCUUCGUUGCUACUACUAAAUUUUUUUACUGGAAUAAGACUCGUUACUUGAGUGGUCUGGGGGCUCAGGCCAUUCUCGUGGGUUUGUGAGGCAAGGAUGGUCCAAAUUGCCUUGCUUCCAUAUUCAUCAUUUCCGCAAAAGAUACCCGGAAUAUAUAUAGGAAAGAAUUUCUGUGAACUGUUUGGUAUGAUAGAAUGACAAGGAACAGGGAGGAAUAUUUCACAAAUUAUGACGUCAUCGUAUUGAAUUUGCUUUCCGAAUUCCUGUUUUCUCUUUUUAGAAGAUGAAUAACAUGAGAGAAAAAGUUUUAGAUUGGGCA